AUGCCCCCGGACUCCCUCGCCCAGCGCUGGCCCUCGGGACGGGCCGUCGCGGCCCGGGGGGAGCGGGGAGCGGGGGAGGCGGCCGUGCAGCGGAAGGCCUUCAGAGGCCUCGGGGAGUCUGUCUUCAUCUCCGCUGGCAGCGCGCUGUCUGGCGGCAUCAUCUUCGUGAACCGGAAGGGGCAGGCCCUCUCCGUGAAGGUGAACGAGGCGUCCUUCAUCAACUACGUCAGCGGCCUGCAGCAGCUGGGCAACCGCGCGGAGAUUGCUUUCACGCUU